AAUAGCUAACAAGCUAGCUACACAACAAGCAAGCAAACCUAUCAACAUUUCCCCUCAACUCCUACAACAACAAACGCCUGUCAUUUUUCUUUUAACAAAGCAGGAAACGGAAACGUGCAAUGUAACGUUUGUUACGAACAGGCGCUGCGAUCCACCAAUGUGUAUAUGAAAUGGAUUUGUCUGUCUAAGGUUCAGUAUUCAGUAUUUUCAUAUGCUGGGGAGGUGAAGAUCAUUGCACUUACGAGGAAUUUCCGCAUGGAAACCGGAAUGUACAUAACAUCGAGAUACAUAAGAACAUACAUAAUUAUUUUUGCUGAUAUAACUUAAGAAAAAACUAGUCUAGUGUUAUGUAUGCUAUGUUCUGUUGGCAUUGCAAGUGUUCAUUUAUGUUGAGAUUUUAAAGUAGACUCGCAAUUAAAUAAUUACUCUAGGCUAUAUCCAACGUUGCGUUUUUUUACAAGUUUUAACAUCAUUAAUCAGCCAAACGGUUAAGUAAUCUAACGUUUGCAUGCUGUGGUUGUGAUAGAAACGGGCAAGAUCAAUGUUCUUAGACUUGGACCAAUACGCGCUCGCUGAAGAAGCUCGAAAUUUUACCAACUUUCCUCAGUCAUGUCAUGGAACUGUCGGUCAUCAUAUGUUUUCGUACUUUUUGUGUAUUUUUUAAUACUGUUGGAGGCAGCAGAUUUGGAUUAUUGUGAAAACGGUGGAAGUUAUCUCGACAGUAAAAGCGAACUGCAUGAUCACUUCAGGCGAAGUAACGUAAGUUGCUUUGGGAAGAAAACGGACUCAUUCGCAUUGGACUCCCUCGGGUUAUCGUGUAGAAAAUUAAUUGACGCUUUUCCACUGGAUGAAGUAAGGGAUAAUUUUGUAAGGACAGUGAAUCACUGCGUAUUCUCGGUUACUCAACCGACCCCACUCAAAGGCCCUCUAAAAGUCGCUGCUGUAUCAAAGGAUGCACUCGAGGAGAUUUUGGAUUUGAAUUCCUCUGUUUCACAGAUUGACGAUUUUGCCCAUUACUUCAGUGGUGGAAAACUAUGGCCAGAGUCUGUCCCCCUUGCACACAGAUACGGUGGACACCAGUUUGGAUUCUGGUCAGGUCAGCUUGGAGAUGGUAGGGCACAUCUGCUUGGUGAAUACACAAACAAGAAUGGUGAGAAAUGGGAGCUCCAGCUGAAAGGGUCUGGGAAAACACCCUAUUCACGGUCUGGAGAUGGGCGGGCUGUGAUUCGCUCCUCUGUCAGAGAAUUCCUAUGCAGCGAGGCUAUGCACUAUUUAAGUGUGCCCACCAGCCGGGCUGCCAGUCUCAUUGUAAGUGAGGAGCCAGUUUGGAGAGACCAGUUCUAUAAUGGAAAUUUGAGAAAGGAGAGAGGAGCUGUUGUUCUCCGCUUGGCUCCUUCCUGGUUCCGAAUCGGGUCACUAGAGAUCUUAACCAGGGCUGGAGAGUUGGAUGUGUUACAGAAAUUAUUAAACCACGUUAUAGAAGAACACUUCCCUUCAAUAAAAUUAAGUGACCCGGAUAAAUAUUUGGCUUUCUACUCAAAGGUUGUGAAUGAAACGGCUCAUCUUAUUGCGCAGUGGAUGUCCGUUGGCUUUGCACACGGUGUAUGCAACACAGACAAUUUCAGUCUACUCUCAAUCACCAUAGAUUAUGGUCCAUUUGGAUUUAUGGAAUCCUAUGAUCCAAAUUUCAUCCCCAACAGCUCGGAUGACGAGGGCAGGUACAGCAUAGGAAAUCAGGCCAACAGUGGUUUGUUCAACCUGGAGAAGCUUGGAGAGGCCCUGAAGCCAGUACUUAGCCCCAAGCAACAACCUAUGAUUGAGAGGAUCCUGAAAGAAUAUCCUGGCAUUUACCAGAGAUGGUUUCACAAGCUAUUUAAGGCAAAGCUGGGUCUGCUGGGAAAGCAGGAAAAGGAUGAUUAUCUGAUUGCCUACUUACUGAGGUUAAUGGAGGACACGGGGGCAGACUUCACCAUGACGUUCCGGCACCUCAGCGAGCUUCCUUCCCGUGGGCUGCUGGAACCUUCCGUCUCGCAGGGGAUGUGGGCUCUGAGGGAUCUGGCCACCCAUGAGCUCUUCGCUAAUUGGGUCAGCAUGUACCUACUGAGACUUAAGAGGCAGAAGGAAGAUUCAGACGAAGACCGACAGAACAGAAUGAAAAGAGUUAAUCCCAGAUACGUUUUGAGGACCUGGAUGGCCGAGUCCGCAAUCAGAAAAGCUGAAAAGGAUGAUUUCUCAGAGGUGCAGCUAUUGCUGCAGGUUCUGCGACACCCCUUCCAGGAGCAGGAGGCCGCAGAGAGGAUGGGCUACGCUGCUCAGCCCCCCAGCUGGGCCCAGAGAUUGCGUGUCAGCUGUUCCUCCUGAUGGGCGAGAGCAGAGGUGUCGAGUAGUGACACAUACCACACCUUCCAACAUUCAACAACACAUCACUGCCCCCAGCUUUCCAGGCUGUGAAAACACCCGACAGUUACCAAAAAUGACCUUCAUUUUCCUGUAUUUUUCUAUUUUUUAAUGUUGGAAUAAAUAUAAAUAUAUUGAUACAUCUGCCCAAAA